GAAAAAUAUAUUUAAAAAACAAUUAGUUGAUAAGUUUUUAAAGAACACCUUGAAAAGAUACUCUGUAAUUACAAAAAAAAGAUGUUGGAAAAAUAUUAUUUUGCAUGGACAGCAUAUUGUCAUACAAAAAUGCGAAAUAAGUUUCUAAAAGAAAAAGCUGAUCAACAACAUUGUCAAAAAUUACUAAAAAGACAUUUAAAACAAUUUGUUUUGUAUAUCCAUAAAGUUCAUGUUGAUAGGAGAACAAUGAAAACGGCCAAUACUUUUUAUGAAUUUAAAAUCGUAAUUAGAAUAUUUAAUGCUUGGGUACAAUGGUACUAUCAAUUCUCAAGAAUAUGCAGUAUUAUGAAAAAAACACAGCAAAUUAUGGAAAAUAAAAUGAAACAAAAGAUCUUUUUAUAUUGGAAAUCAUACAUAUUUUAUAAAAAAUGUAUGAGAAGGAAACUAUUUCUUUGUUUAACUAAAUAUCACAAAAAGAUUUCUACUAUCACAUUUAACAAAUUGCAAGAUUAUGUUCUAUAUAAAAAAAGAAAGCAAACACAGAUGUUAAGUUUAAGUAUUCGAACAGUUACUAUUAUUGUUAAAAUACAGGAUAUGUACAUAGAAGAAUGGAAAAAAAAAUUGAAUAUACAUAUGCAAGAAAAACGUAAAAUGUUCCUAGCUAUUGAAUUGUACAAUAAUUAUAUUUCUAAGCAAUAUUUUUCUUUGUGGAAAAAAUUUUCUCAGCAACAUAAGUUAAAAUUGUUACAAAAAAAGAAAUUGGAUGAACAUGCUUCUUACUUUCUUUUGAAUAAGUAUAUUAUGAUAUGGAAAUUAAAAUGUGAAGAUAAUUAUAAAAUUUGUGAAAAGGAAAAGUUAAUUAUUUCUGUCACACAUAAGAGAAUUCAAAAAAAGUACUUCAUGUUUUGGAAAAAGUAUGUAGCUCAAAAAAUAGAUAAAAAAAGAGAUAUUGAAUAUGCAAAAAAUAUAAAUAAAAAGUUUUUAUUACAAGAAGGAUUAAGAGAAAUUUUAAGACAUUCUUUAUUCACUAUGCAAUUUCAUCAUGACAAUAGAAUAAAAUAUACAACAUUAAAAUUUGUAGGAGACAUUGAAAUAUUAAGUAAAUAUUUUGAUAGAUGGAUAUCAAUAGUUUAUCUAAAAGAAAAAUUAGAAUUCCCAUUUUCAGAAGCAAAAUAUAAUAAUAUUCAAGAAACUAUAAAAAAUCAUUCAAAUGGAAACAUUGGAGAAAAUAAUUCAUUGUUUAAUAAUGAUAGUACAUCUACAAUUGUGCCAUCUCUUUCUCUCUCUUCUGAAGAUUAUAGAAAUGACAAUAAAUUUAAGUAUAUAGAUACUGUGAGUCCACUUAAUUAUAUUAGAAAUAAUUCUGAUGAAUUAGAUACUUUAUUUAGCACAAACAAUAAUUUAUACUCUAUUCCUUUGUAUAAUGACAAGUCAAUGUUUUCAUUACCAAAUAAUGUAGAACUCUUGCCACCUUCUGCAUUUUAUUAA